AUGAUCUUCGCUGUCGUCCUGAUCUUGCUAUUCACCACCUUUGAAGAGACGCUCUUCCCACGUUUUUUGUUCGAACAGGACCAAAAUGACCCAGGCACCUCCCACAAGAAGCAUAUUGACACGAAAGCAUCCCUGCACGAGGUCGAUAGCACCUCAGAAGCGUCCUACCAUUUCCCCAAACGGACUUACCGCCAACGCCUGAAGCCAUGGGUCCACUUCCCACAAGACAAAACAACGUACUGGCAGUACUUCAGGCGCCCGUUCAUGCUCUUCCUCUUCCCCAACAUCAUCAUUGCAGGCGUCAUAUUUGCCUUUGGCUGCACGGCAGGCAUAGUCUCGUUCGGCACCAUUUCCCGCAUCACCUCCGAACCACCGUAUAACUGGUCCACCACCUCCACGGGCCUUAUCUACCUGGCCGCUCUGGCGGGUAAUAUUGCUGGGUGGGCAACAGGUAUGUCCAGUGACUUUAUCGUCAUGCGCCUUGCACGCCACAACCACGGUAUCAAGGAGACGGAAAUGCGUCUGUGGACGUUAUGCGUUUCCUUCGUCUACGCUGCUGUCGGCUACAUGCUUUAUGGAUGGGGAGCGCAUUUUGGCAUGCAUUGGAUCGCCAUUGCAAUAGGCCUGGGCUGA